ACAGUGAACUUUAGAGUUGUUACCAUGGAUAAAAACUUUUCGCCGCUUGAUCAGCAGUAUAGUACAGUGGUACUUGAGGACAGUAAAGGUAACAGAAUUGGUCAAUGGACAAAUGUGUCUUCAACAAGCUGGAUUUUGCAGCGUUCUUAUGAAUUAAACCCGGAAAGCCAUCAAGGUGUGUACAGACUGAAGUCUUAUAUUGGUGACAGGAUGAUCUCACAUGACUUUGAGGUGAAAAAAUAUGUUUUGCCUAAGUUUGAAGUUACUGUUACAGCACCAGAGACAGUGAGCAUAGAUGAUGAGUUAAUGGCAGUUGAGGUUUGUGGAAAAUACACGUACGGGCAGCCUGUAUCUGGUAAAUCAUGGGUGAAAGUGUGUCGUGAUAUUCCACGCUACUCUCACAGGCGUGACAAACACAGUCCAAUAUGUGUGAAUGAAACCACUGAGGUUUGUCAGUGCAGUACCAAAAGUGGCAUGUGA